UAGAGUGUAAAGGAAACACUUUGCAAACUUACUGCACUAUUGUGUUAGAGUUAUAAAAAUUUGAGAUGACUUGUUUUAUAAAAACAAAACAUUUAUUUAGUUAAAACAAAUAUGGGAGGGAAACUAGAAAUGUCUCGAGAGAUAAAGUUUGUUAUGAUGACUUUAUGUGUACUAUCUCUUCACCAAUCGUCCAUGUUCUCUACAGCUGCAGCUGUUGAAUCGUUAGACAAAUCUUCAAACAUAUCAAUGACUACAUUGUCAUCAUCAACAUCAUCAACAACAUUGCCCACUACAUCGUCCACUUCAGCGUCGACCAAAUCGACAACCACUUCAUCAACCUUAACUUCAACUACGCCAUCAACCUUAACUUCAACAACGCCAUCAACCUUAACUUCAACCACUCCAUCAACCUUAACUACAACCACUCCAUCAACCUUAACUUCAACCACGCCAUCAACCUUAAAGUCAACAACGCCAUCAAAAUUAACGUCAACAAUAUCGACAACAUCAUCGUCAAAAUCAACGUCAACCACAGCAGUUAAAGUAGGUACAACAGUUGCUUCAACAUCAUCAACUAGCACAAACACUCCAGUGUACAUAUCAACAACCAGUUCACCUACACCUGUAUCAACUUCAGUUUUACAAACAAUAACGUCAGUCUCUAAUUCUAUACCAAACAGUGAAAUCCAAUCUAAAUCUACACAAACUACAUCUGGCAACACAAACGGCAUUUUUAAUUUGUUACAAAGCUCUAUUUCAAGUAACGUGAGUGAUAGUCCUAACGUAACGGACGUUACAUCAAAUAAUACAACGGAGAAAUCUAAAGAAACAACAACAACUUCGAUGUAUUCAACGACCAUUUCAGUGACCAGACCUAACGUGACCGAUGGUAUAAACACUUCUAUUUCAAUGACACCAACGCCUGUCAUUACCACAUCAAAAGCAGCAUCUACAGUAACAUCUUCGUCUGCAGCUUCUACUUCCGUUGCAACAACCACAAAAGUUUCGACCUCAACAAAUUCUAUAACCCAAACCGGAAGUACAUCAGGAGCAACUAUAAGUGUCAAAACUACCUCCUCGGAGAAGAUUUCAACGACGACAGACUCUUCAAAGGGAGACAAAUCUAAACAAUCUCCGUCUCCGCCAUCUUGUGAUGAGAAAGAAACGGCGUUUGGGAGAUAUGGUUUGGCAGCGCUCGCCGUAGUCCUGAUAAUUUGUGUGAUAGAGUUUAUUAUAAUCCUCGUGUUGAUGGCACGUGUAUCUAAGAACAGACGUAAACGACAUGCGUCGGCAGAAGAUAAAUCUGUACCAAAACUUAAAAUGCUGGAGAUAAAAGAUGAUGAUACAAAGCGUUCUACAAACGAUGACCUGCACGUGUACUCUCUUGAUUACGAGAAACACGUGCAAGACAAAAUUGAUGAACACAAAAAGAAGACUAAACCACCGGUCGCGGAGAAACCGGAGAAACCAAUAGGCGGUGUGAGCUCUUUUAUGUUGACUAAACAGUUAAGUAUUAGGUCGAACGUGUCGUCCCCAAGUUCGCCGGAGUCACCACUCACACCAGCGGAAAAUAAGCCAUUGAUCAAAUAUCAUGCCGGCGACGACGGUGAUGAGCCAGUAGUUUUUAACUUUGCAAAGCGCCCCAGCGAGGUUCUUACUAAGCGACGAGAAAGCAACCUUGAUGAAGCCCGCAGAAAAAGUAAUGCAUCCGCCGGCAAGUCAAAAGCAGUUCCUAAAGACAAAUUUGACACAGAUAUCUGAAGUAGAUAGCGUAAAAGAGUGUUUAAACUUGACAUUAAAUUACCAUGGAAACAAAACAUAGUUUAAAUACUUGGGAUACCUGAAUUAUCUGAAUAUAUGAAAACCAGCGAUCUGAUUGUGUUGAUCCGUGGUAAUGACUGCUUUAACUCUAUGUCAUCAAUGGCUCGUGGCAACCCUCCUUGACGCCUCGAUCACUAAAACACCUCAACCGCUGGUACUAACACCUGAGAAACUUUGACCUUUAAAUGUACAUGAAGAAAGUAUAUUAUGAAAGAAAGUGUUUUUUUCUAGAUUUUUGUGUCUGAUUGUACAUAUUGAAUCAUUUUCAUCUGUUAUUGUUUAUAAUUCAUAUUUGUACAGUGUCUUUGUAAACAUACAUUGCAUACAUAUUUAUAAUAAAUUUCAGUCUUUC